AAUCUCUGAUAAUGACACUCACCACCGGAAACUGUCAGGUUAUUGCCGACUUAUGCAUUGUUCCCAUUGGUAAAGAUGUCAGCAUUUCGAAGUACAUCAUCGAAGUUCAAAAUGUUUUACAAGAAACCGGGCUGAAAAUCAAUUUGCACGCUUGUGGCACCAACAUUGAGGGUGAAUUUAACCAAGUUAUGUCGGCUAUUCAAAAAAGUAUCAACAAGGUCCAUGAACUCGGAGUUGCUCGUAUCGAUACAACAAUCCGCCUCCAG